ACUUUGACACUGAAGUUUACUGAUCUGACAAAAGAGAAGAUUUUCGUAAAAAUAUACUAUCUAAUCGAAAUAAUGUGCUAAGACUGCUAAGUGAAAUGUUGGAAAAUAAUACAAAAUAAUGUUAUGAUACAAUCUGCGAUUCCUUCUCCAUAAACCAUGUCGUCAGAGCACGUGUCCCGUGUACGGCAGCUUUACAAGCUGAUAUUCCGCGUGCACCGUGCGCUGCCCGCGGAGCUCCGUGUGAUGGGGGACAACUACGCGAGAGACGAGUUCAAGAGGCACAAACAGUGCGGUCCGGAGGAGGCGAGGAUAUUUCUUAAUGAGUGGACAGACUAUGCCAUAAACCUGGCGAAGCAGAUGAAACCGCUGCAGCAAGCGAAGAGGAAAGAAGUAGGCAAAUACCUGGACCCAAAGUUGCUUGACCACAUGAGUGAGGAACAGCUGUGCCAGCUCUAUGAAUUGCACAAAGCAGCGUCGGCAGCAGAGGACGGUGAAAGUAAGGAAAAGAAGUAGUUUUAAUGCACUCAUGAAGCGCUGGUCGCGUCUAUAGGGACCUGGGCGUUGAAAGGACUGCUAUCUUGUGACCUAAAAUGAAACCUUGAACUUAACAUAGCCAAUAUGCUGGUGCUACCCCCUGUAGUUCAUCUCCCUAUAGGUCAUUAAGGGAGUAGUGAAUAUAAACACAGGUAAAAAUAGGAGAUGUGAAUUUUUUCAAAUUUAACACAUUCACUGCCAGGAACCCACCAGGUGGGCGCUCGUAAACUUUACUCGGAUGCCGGACAACCCGCUGCGGGAGUUCACUUUAUACACAGCUAUAGACGACUACCGUCUACGCCAAAGAACCCACCUGGUGAGCGCAGAUCUUCACAGGCAUAUUGCAGGGUUGACACCGGCAGAGAUUUAUUUACUUAUUACCUAUAAUAUUAUUUAUAGACAAUAUAGACAUGGAUCAAUUACUUUUUAAUAUCUUAAAUUACAAAUUGGAGACUAACAUAUGUAUAUGCACGACCCGAUAAUCCGCGUCAAAUUAUAAUUAAUUUUGGCCGCGGAUUAAAUGGUUUAAUUUAUGAUUACUUAUAUUAAUAAUUACUUUGUAAAUGCAUCACGUUGUGAAGGGCGUGAGUAGAUCCGUACUAACAAAAUAAAAGAAAAUAUGAAACUUAGCACAGCCCUGGCGCACGCAGGGGCGCCCGCCUGGUGGGCGCUCGGCGUACAGUACUGGUUUAAUCAUAAUGUGAGUUUGCCAACCCGCACAGCGGGCGCUUAUAUAUAUUGCCCGGUUCCUGGGUUAGUGUGCCGUUUUUCGUCUGGCAGUGAAUGUGUUAAUAUGACGGCUGACAGUUUCAUAUUGAGCGCAACUCGAGUGUGGCUAUGGAGAAAUUGGAGAAGGUUGUCGCAUUCGUGCCAUAGACAUAAUUUUGUUUAGCCUACAUUUUAUAAGAAGUAAACAAAAUGCUUAGGUUAAGGAAAAGUAAUACUUAAAUUUACUCGACAUAUUCACAAGCAAUGCGAAGUUUGAUGAUGAUGAUGAUGGUAUCCUGUUAUCCUGUUGUAUGUAGUUGUGACGUGUUAGAAUAGACAUUUGUUUUGUUUGUGUGUGUCUUUUAAACAUGUAUUGUCUAUUCGAACACGGCACAACUACAUACAACAGGUGAAUUACUUAAGUUUUAUACAUAUAUCUCUCAUCACGGACAAGAAAUGGGAGCUGGAUGCGAAUUUUAGUUCUAAAUAUCUGAAGUCAACUCUACUGUUCAAGGAUUUGAAGUGCUAUGUUUUGACUUCUGAUAUUUAGAACAAGAUAAUAGAAACUAAUUAACUUGAGAGUAAUAUAUAAUUAGUAAUAUAUUAAAUACAAUGACAAUAUACAUAAUGGAUAUAUACAGAUGAUUACUAUAACUAGCUUAUAUCUAAAAUAGGCCCUUGAGACAGUGUACCAAGGAUGCCAGUGGCAUUUCCUCGUAUCGCAAUACUGAUACGUUGUGCGAGGAAACCGCCAGCUCUUCGGUCACCAGUUACGUCAACCAAUAUAUAUAUAUAUAUAUAUAUAUAUAUUAUUAAUCCAAUAUUAAUUUUCUUGCCCAGACAAUAUGCACAGAUUUCUAGCAUACUAGAAACGUGAAAUUCGUUUUUUAAGUGUAAUACUUAAUUGAGACUAAGAUUUAUAAGAUAAACUACCUAGUUAUAAGAUAAAUUCUUACACACAAAACCUACUAUGAAGUAGCAUACAAACAAAAAUACAAUAUAUCUGAGUGACGUCAUAAUACACUAGUAAGUAAUAAUGGAUUUUCAGUAAGGCGUGAAAUCGAUAGUUAAAUUGUUUUUCAAUUAAAUCUAAAAAUUGAACAGAGUGAAAAUAAACUUUCUUAUAUUUUAAAUUGUGAUAUUGUAAUAAAACAAAAGGAAUAACAGAAUUUUGAAUAAAUAAUAAAUAUGGAAAGUCGAAAUACUCAUAAUUCGCAAACAUAACGCAAAGGAAAUGCGUUUCACUUUCACCAAAAUUCGCACGCAUAAGAAAAUAUUAAACGCCAAAGACAAAACAACAUACUUCAAACAAAGUCGUCAAAAUAAGCACGCAUAAUGAAUCUGGAAAGCAUAAAUAUAAUAUGUGCUGAGUUUUAAAAAAUAUCGGAUACCUUAAUUGCAAAACGGUUUUGUUUUAAUAAUACUUUUUAUAGAAAUAAUCACCAAUUUUAUUAAAAAUGUGUAUUGAUUUGAUAAUUGUAAUGUAUAUUAUGAUUUUGUGUAUAUUCUGUUAUAAAUUAUUGUAUAGCAUUAUGUAGAUCAGUGGUGGGCAAACUACGGCCCGCGGGCCAGUUCCGGCCCGCGCAAGGGUUUCAUCUGGCCCGCCGCCGAUUCUUCGAAAUAAUUAGUAUAGGGCUCGCGACAUAACGGUUUCAAAACAAAAUGCAUUUAUUCUGCAGUUGUGGCCCUCCUCAGAUUUUUUUUAUUUUUCUGGCCCCCCAUGAAGAAAGUUUGCCCACCACUGAUGUAGAUAAUGAUUAUUAAAUUUCACCUUUAAUCAGCCAUGUUCCGUUGAAUUGAAAAAUAUUAGUUAGUAUUUAUUUAAUUGUACCUUAUUUAUUGACUUAUAAUGUAGAUAUUUUAGUAGAUUUUUGUGAUUAAAUAUUUAAUUUUACAA